CGGCUGUAGAAACGGCGGCCUAACGGAUCAGGGGAUUACGGAGCCCAAUUUGACAGGCUACACAAUGAGUCAGGGUAAGGACAAUGCACGACUCAAGAGCUACAAGAACAAGUCUCUCAACACAGAUGAGAUGAGAAGAAGGAGGGAAGAGGAAGGUCUGCAGCUACGCAAACAGAAGAAGGAUGAACAGCUGUUUAAGAGGAGGAAUGUUGCCACAGUGGAUGAUGAUGGCGUCCUGGAGGACGAUGGGAUGGCUGAUAGUGGUUACCUGGAGUCCCAGGCUAAUAACAUGGAUCCACUUAUGGGUGGGGUGAUCUCUGAGGAUAUGACUCAAAUGAUCUUUUCAAGUUCUCCUGAGCAGCAGCUAUUAGGCACUCAGCGCUUUAGGAAACUCCUUUCUAAAGAACCCAACCCACCCAUUGAUGAAGUCAUUGCGACUUCAGGAGUGGUGGAGUGCUUUGUUGAGUUCCUUAAGAGGAGAGAAAACUGCACAUUGCAGUUUGAAGCCGCGUGGGUGUUGACCAACAUUGCAUCAGGUACAUCUCACCAGACACGGGUGGUCAUCCAAGCAGGAGCUGUGCCCAUUUUCAUUGAGAUGCUCAGCUCAGAUUUCGAAGAUGUACAAGAACAAGCAGUGUGGGCCUUGGGAAACAUAGCAGGGGAUAGCACAGAAUGCAGAGACUUUGUCAUAGACUGCAACAUUCUGCCUUCCCUGGUGCAGUUAUUGGCUAAACAGAAUCGUCUAACGAUGAUGAGGAAUGCAGUGUGGGCGCUAUCAAACCUGUGCAGAGGAAAGAACCCACCUCCAGACUUCACUAAGGUGUCCCCAUGUCUCAGUGUGCUCUCUUGGCUGCUGUUUGUCAAUGACACGGACAUCCUGGCUGACGCAUGCUGGGCACUCUCCUACCUAUCUGACGGCCCCAACGACAAAAUCCAGGCUGUUAUCGACUCAGGAGUCUGUCGCAGGCUUGUGGAGUUACUGAUGCACACUGACUAUAAGGUGGUGUCCCCUGCACUGCGGGCUGUUGGUAAUAUAGUCACUGGAGAUGAUUUACAGACACAGGUGAUCCUAAACUGUUCAGCGCUGCAGUCCCUACUUCACCUUCUGAGCAGCCCCAAGGAGUCCAUCAAGAAGGAAGCGUGCUGGACGAUCUCCAACAUCACUGCAGGGAAUCGAGCACAAAUACAGAUGGUGAUAGAUGCAGGUCUGCUGACUCCUCUCAUAACUAUCCUGCAAGUAGCAGAGUUUCGCACAAGAAAGGAGGCGGCCUGGGCCAUCACCAACGCCACCUCGGGGGGCUCUGCAGAGCAGAUCAGGCACCUAGUGGACCUUGGCUGCAUAAAACCUCUGUGUGACCUGCUCACACUUAUGGACUCCAAAAUAGUGCAGGUGGCUCUGAAUGGCUUGGAGAACAUCCUGCGACUGGGAGAACUGGAGGCCAAGAGGGGAAAAGGCAUCAACCCUUACUGUGCGCUCAUCGAAGAGGCCUAUGGUCUGGAUAAGCUGGAGUUCCUGCAGGGCCAUGAGAACCAGGAAAUCUACCAGAAAGCCUUCGACCUGAUCGAGCGCUACUUCAACACUGAAGAUGAGGACCCGUCUCUGGCUCCGGCUGUUGACCUGCAGCAGCAGCAGUUCCUCUUCCAGCAGUGCGAGGCCCCGAUGGAAGGCUUCCAGCUAUAAUGCUAAAUCCUCCCCUGUGCUCCACCUUCAUCCUCACCUCCGCUCAUUUCUCUCACUCUCUGCCCACUGCCGUGAACAAGGGCAACAGCAGCCCUCGGGUCCCCCUUCCUUCCCUUCUCAUCGUCGGAGAGAUUGAUUUUAAUCAUUAUCAUGAUUAUGAAGAAUAUAAUAUUAAUGGAGCACGUGUGCGUACGUCCAAAGUGGGUCAAGUUCCGCGGUCUUGUCAGCCAGUUUGUGAAGGUUUCACUCAUCAUUCUGUCUUGCGCUGAACUCAACUCUGCGCCUCAAUCCUCAGCAACCACCUGCGCAGACUCCAGCAUCUCCUACUGCUUCCCAAAAGGUACCCAGCUGAUUUGUCCCGGUAACACAUCCUCAUUUUAGUUUUUGGAUUUUGUCCUCCGCUCAUUUCAAAUGAAAAGCCUGCCCACCUUUCCAUGUUCCCAGAAGACUGGCGAUCCCUGCGGGAGAUAGUAGGACUGCACAGCUUGUCUGAUUCAAGCAUUAAUGACUCACAAGACAGACAAACAUAGACAUGAUUGUUUUCCUUCCCCUCCCACACACAUACACACACAUACACACACACACACACACACACACACACACACACACACAGAAGAAUGAUCUAACCUAAACACUGGACUGACCAUGAGACGUUGACCACAUUUGACUGGUCACUGGACUGAACUGCCCACAGUGGGGCCAUGUGGCCGGUCCCGACUCAAGGACUCACCUGACCUCUACAGAAGGCACUUAAACGACUAAAAAAAAAUGGAGGUGAAUUGCUUCACCUCUGCUCUCCAUCCAUUGGAUAAGUAACCACAGAUGGACAAAUUAGAAACUUGACUGUGUCGCUGAGGGGUGGAGCUUGUCAGUGACAAAUCAGGCUGCUUGCGUUCCCUCCUGGAUCUCAUAUCAUGCAUUCCUUCAUCCAGUAACGGGAUUAUCCAUCUGCACAGGCUUCAUCCUGAAGAGCUUUUGGACUGCCUCCUGCCUCUGGUGUGAUGUGAAUAACCCCAUGGAACCAUGGGAAAUUGGAGUCUUCCCUCGCACUGAGACAAUUGGACAGACUUGGACAAGACAAAACAGACUAUUGAACCCUGGAAUCUGUGCAGCAGCAGACCAGCAGGCAUUUUUAUUAUCUUACCAUAAUGUCAUUUCAUUUGCAGCACUUUAGUUCAGGACUGAUGCCUGCUCAUUGAGAAUAUACCUUAGUUUUUACAUUUAGCUAUUUAAUUGGUUGAUGACAUGGCUCUUCCCUCCUCAGGAAGCGAGGCGUAUAGAGGUGGUGGUCUGUAUCCUCGGUCCCCUUCUGGUAUGACAAGGAUUACAAUGUACUUCACUGUUUACCCCUCCAACAAAGGGACUCAAGCAUAUUGUGGACUGAAACUGUUAGCACACUAAUUACAAUCAGUAGAUCAUGCUGCCUCAGCAAAGUUCGAACAACUUCAUUCUGACUUAAGAAACUUCUACCAAUCAGACUCUGGAAAAUUGGCGAUGUAGCUGUGAGCAGUAGCAUGGCUCUCCAACCCAUGUUCAGGUAGUAUUUCCUAAUUUGAUCAUGUCAAAUCAUUGACACUUAAAUCAGCUUUUGGGUUUUGAAAACAUUUCUGUUUUUACUUUUUUUUUGUUUGUUUGGGGUUAGCAUCUUUCAUGUUGCUGAUGGUGCCAUAAUCCUUUUUCAAUAGAAAUCCUUCCAGAUAAUUUCAACAAAAAUCCAGAAUAAAACUUGAAAAUACUGGUGAUCACCUUAGUUAGCUAAACUGAAUGUUUACCAAGUCCUCAUCUUUGCUUACUUUUGUCAAAAUCUCUGCAGGAGAUGACCAGCUCUACAUGUUCAUUACUGUUUGUUGUAUUGAGUUUGUGCAACUGUCCCCUGUUAUGCCAUUUGCAUAAAAGCCGUUUCAUGAA